AGUAACGCGGACAGUUGCUUGUCGUCUUGCGCAGACCUGCCCGCCAGGCGAAAACACGCUACGUGCUUACGUGUUCGUUUCAGCUGUUUGAGAACCCGUUUACGAACUCUCUCUCUGCUAGUGGUAUUGCAAUCACAAGCUCGCAAUCAUGAUUGACAUACCCUUUUUGACGCCGCUCUUGGACAGAAUUCCUACAUACAUGGACUUCGAGGGACAGAAAGCGGCGGAGAAAAUAUUUCAAGUAGUCAUAAUUGCCUUUGCGUUUGCCGGACUUGCUUGGGGAUAUAUGGUGCAGCAGUUCUCCUACACUGUCAUCAGCCUCGGCAUUGGUUUCGUCAUUUCCUGCCUGCUUACGCUGCCUCCGUGGCCGGUGUACCGUAAGAACCCCCUCCCAUGGCAAAAGGCGAGGGACGAAGCUGGCUCCUCGUCAAGCAAGUCUAGCAAGAAAAAGAAGUGAUCAACGAAGGGCUUUCAACAAUUUUUUUUUCUUCAUUAAGGCUUUUCCAUAUUAUGAGUGAAGUGGGGGGAUGUGGUGUGUGUUCUUUAUUAAUAAAUUAUCCAAGACUGUCUUCAGUUCAGUGAACAAAUAUGAGGACACUGUUUGGA